UUUUAAAACCCAAUUCACCCCCCCUCUUGGGUUGUCUAUCUGGGCAACAACAUCAUAAGAUGCCUCAACUUUUUUCCAUGAAAUCUCAAAAAUGCCUUUCCCACAUAGAACGCAUCAGUCAACUGUCAUAUACACAAUAAAAACAACUGCUCUGGCUGUUGUAGGAAAAAGGAACCCCACAAAAAGAGGUGUAUUUCAACUGUAAGACGACAUAGUUAAUAAAAAGGGAUUGUGCAUAUAUUUCCAUCUUCGGAAAUGGUGAUGCAAUUCUUUCAAAGAGAUAGCUUCACCCAUAAUAUGUGGGCGGUGUUGCCUAAACUUGGUCGUUCAAAUAAUUAUCUCCAAUUCUGGUUCUAAUAAGGAGAGAAGCUAAAUAUAUAGUAAUCGCUAUGAAAGCUUUUGAUUGAUGUGAGAAAUAGGAGGUUGCGGAGGUGCAAAACAUUCCUGGUUAUACUGGACGUUGCUGAACAAGCAGUAGUGCACUGCAUAAAGAAAAAGUUGCCUUGCUCAAGAUGGUCUAAGAAGUUUUUUCUCUUGAAAAUCUCCAAAAUUCAAAGGUCAAACUCUCUCUCUCUCUCUCUCUCUAAGAUCUUUGUUGUUGUUUCUUAAAAUUAGAGUACUUGGAUUAUAUUUAUUUAUUUUUUUUUUUAAUUUUAGUGGACCUAAUGUGUGUUUUCCAAGGAUCGCUAUGCUAGUACCAGGGCACGUACCAGUUUCCUAGAGGCAUGGUUCGGUAUGGCCCUCGCGUCGUUCCGUGCCGUGCUUGUGUCGACACAAUAGAGAGGGCUAGAGAGAGAGAAAAUAGGAGAGAGGAAAAGGGAGAGAGGGGGAGGGAGAAUAGGAGAGAGGAAAAGGGAGGGAGGGAGACAAAUGGCUGGAGGAUGCCGGUGGAGGGCCACGGAGGUUCGAGGAUGGGCAUGGAGGGGCAAAGAAGGGGCUUCACCCUCCGGUUCCCCUGUUUCAUUUGAAACAAGGGUUCCGGAGGGGCUCUUUUUUUAUGUUGAAGAAAUUGAGUAAAGUCGGCAAGCACAUUGCCUCCUCCCCUGUUCUCUCUCUCUCUCUCUCUCUCUUUCCGUCCGCUCUCCCCUGGACCCUUCCCUCUCUCUUUCACUUUUCAGAUUCUUGGCUUUUCAUUGUUCAUUUUUUAUUCGGAGUUUGGAAACUUCAUCCAUUUUUAGAUUAGAUGUCUAGGGUUAGGUCAUUCCAUGCAGUUCAGAUUUAAAGGUCUAUUUUUAAGAACUAUUUACUGAUUUUCAUGUUGGAUGCCAGUUUUCUACAAUGCACUAUAAUGUCGGAAUGCUGAAUUCUGAUGAUUUUCUAUUAUAAUAUGGUUUUGAUUGAUGUUUUCUUGAAAUCAGAAAAAUCAAUUUUACUAUUUUCCUUUGUAGGUUAUGGUGGUGAGGUGCUUCACAGGGUGGGAUUCCACUGUAUUAUGGAAAUUGCAGGGUCCCUAAAUUUUUCUCACUUGAUAAACGUUUUGAGCAAUAGAGUAAUAUUAAAUUUAAAUUAUUCUCUGUGUUUCUGUUUGCAUUUUGUUCGAUCCUUUUUAAGUUGAUUGUUUGAAACUCUUUGAAAUUAUAAGCACUGUUUUGCUUCAUGCUUUAUUAAAUUUGUAGGUUGGCUAUUCAAAGUGAGGUUGUUCUGAACAAAUCUCUAUAAUGUCUUUGUCAACAAUUUGGAAGUUUAUGUUAUUUUUAAGUUUUCAGAAAGUAUGGUCCUAAACUGAAUGGAGGAAAAAGGAUUUAUAUUGCUGACCCCAACUAGUUUGGGAUUAAGGCUUAUCUAAGUUGAGUAUUUUUUUUUAAAAAAGGAAUUCAACAAUCUAUUUAUUACUUAUUGUUUUGCAUGAUUAGAUGUUAGAUUUGCGGUAGAUUUGUUCUUUCCACUCUAUAUAAGAUAUUAGAUUUUUCUGAAGUUUUCCAUGGUAUUAACAUGAUUGACUUCUAGGACAUUUUGAUGGUGUAUAGUUUUGCUAUUUUGUGAUGUCUUGACUGAUACAGAUUUUAUACUGACCAAUGUUGCUUUCUCGAUAGAAACUCAUGAGGAUCUCCUUGUUUCGUAAAUCAGAGUUGUGCUUUGACUUCUGAAGGCUUCUGUUAUAUUUCAACAGGUCUUGCACUAUCUUGGGAGAGCUGAUCAAACUGAAGUUAGUCUUAACAACCAUUGAUAGCUUAUGAAAUGUUAGGAGUUAAAGAUAACAAUGGUCAUUGCAGGGACAAAUUCUCUUCGUUGGCACAACUCCAAGGUUCAAGUUUUCUCAAGUGACUGUAGGAAAUUGAGGGUUGCGAAGAUGGCAGAAGUUAGGCCUGCCCAGAGAUCCUGCAGAAGACAGAACUGCAAUAUUUCUCUUGGUGCUUCGAGUUCAAAUGAUGACUCUGUUUGGAAAGGUUUACCAGACCAUCUUAUUGAAGCAGUUUUGAAACGACUUCCCUUGGCCCCAAUCUGUCGUUUCCGUGCAGUAUGUAAAGGUUGGAACUCUUUGCUUACUUCUUACAGGUUCUGCCAACAGCUGGCAGGAAUUCCGUGGAUAUACGUUGUAAUUUUUCAAAAAGAAAACAGCGGAGCGCUGUAUGACCCUGUCGAAAGGAAUUGGUACCGUUGCAUUAUUCCCCAUCUGCAUGGGAAGGAUGUCCGUCCUUUGGCUUCUGCUGGUAGCCUUAUUUGCUUAUAUGACACUGACAAUCAAAGGCUUUGUGUCGCCAACCCACUUAAGAAUUCAGUCAGACCACUUCCACAUCCACCCUGUUUGCGUUGGCCAUUUGUAGAAGUUGGAAUGACUCUGAAUGGAGAUAACAUAAGCAGUGGAUACAAAAUUGUUUCAUUGGGAACCGGUGGGUCUUAUGUCAUAUAUGAUUCCCUUCAAAAUAAUUGGAUUCAUCGUGGUCGGUUACCUUCAGUUUGCCUUCCUCUCUCAUUUGUGCCUGGAUCAAAGGUUGUAUCAAUUGGUUGCAAGGUCUACUUUCUGCGUAUCAAACCAGAUGGUCUGAUCUCUUAUAAUAUGGACAAUGACAUCUGGGAGCAAUUCUUUGUCCAACUACCAUCUAAUCUAUCAGAUUAUUCACUUGCUGAGGGUGAGGGAAAGCUCCUGCUUCUAGAGGCAACAUCUGGGAGAACUUGUCGUUUGCAAGUCUUUGAGUUGCAGAAUCUGAGGUGGAGAACAGUGAGCUGCACACCAGCAAACUUUUGUGGGGAGUUUUACAAGAGUAAUGUUCUGAUGCAAUGUAUAAGCAAUCAAAAGUUGAUUAUGGUUUCACUAAGUUCAGACAUAUUGACCCGAAUAUAUACAUAUGAUGUGCUGGAGAGGAAGUGGUACAGGGAUAUCUUGCUUCCCCCUGGGAUGGAGAGAACAAAAGGGAAGCAGAAGAUAUUGCUGGGUGCAGCAUUCGACUCUAGUCUCACUGCUUCAGCCUGAUUGCUCUUUCUUGUCUUGGUCAAAUGUAAACGGCAAGACUGAUGAUUACUUUGACUUGUUUUGAUGGUCAGUGGACAGAUUCUAGUUUUUUCAAUAUGAUGUUGUAGUGGUGCAGUCGGUUUUAUGUCAGUUGUCUAGAGAUUUUCAAUAAACAUCAUCUGGAUUUAGCCCCUCCGUGGUAAAUGUUUCUGUUUGUGGAUAUUAUCUCGGGCCUUGAUUCAUGUGUGGCCUUGUUUGACAAAUUGCUUAUACUGAAAUAAACCUUUAGAGAUGAUAUGUUGAUGCAUUAAAACAUAAUGUGCCAUGGCCAGAGUAUUAACAUUUA